CAGAAGGAGCUGCAGACAAAAAGAAGUUGUCCUCCAUGUGGUGGUUUGAUCUCAGUUACUGAAGGAUACCUUUGUUGGACAAUAUUUGGGGAGACUCUGGAGGAGACUCAACAACAGAGGCUGCAAUCCUCACUGGUUGUUUCCCAUCCUGUCCAAAGUCAACCACAGCUUGUUUCAGAGAUGCAGCGUGAGGAGCUAUCAGCCAGAGAGGAGUUCACCUACAGCCACAUGUCCACUCUGGAACGAGGCAGCGGGACGCUGGGACGACGGGUCGAUAGGGGAGCGGAGAGAAGGCCGGACAGGGGGGAGCAGGAUAGACUCGAACGGGACAGCUACACAGUGGACGUGAGGGCCAGUGACCUGCAGCUGGCGCAGUCGGAGCCUCUAAAGCACCCCUGCUUCAGCUACAGGGCCUGGCUCUACAGUGUCCUCAUAGGGGGCAGUCUGCUCAUCACAUCUGGUUUCUCUCUGUACCUGGGAAAUGUGUUUCCUGUUGCUAUGGACUACCUGCGCUGCGCUGCAGGCUCCGGCCUCCCUGCAGCCAUAGCUAGUUUUGCCAUUGCCAAGAACAGACAUGUUGCAGUGUCAGAUUUCCAGGUGGUCUACGUGUCAACAUUUUCUGUAACAACCACCUGCCUGGUUUGGUUUGGUUGUAAACUGGUCCUGAACCCUUCUGCUGUCAAUAUCAACUUUAACCUCAUCUUGAUGAUUUUGCUGGAGGUGUUGAUGGCCAGUACUGUCAUCCUGUCAGCCCGCUCUGCAGAGGACUGCUGCUGCCACAGGAAGUCGGUGACAUAUGACAGACCUGUGGUUAUAACGCCUGCAGUGUUCCCCACCCGACUCCUUAAAGCAUAUUCUGUGAUCGAAGUGAUAGUGGGAAUCUCUGCUGUAUUUGGAGGCAUUAUUGCCCUCAACAUGGACGCUUUGCUGCCAGGUCCCUACUUGUCAGUCACAUUUUUCUGGAUCCUUGUGGCAUGUUUUCCCAGUGCUAUUGCUAGCCAUGUUGUGUCAGAAUACCCCAACAAAUGUCUGGUGGAGGUGCUGAUUGCCAUCAGCAGUGUGACAUCUCCUCUGCUGUUUUCAGCCUCCGGCUUCCUUUCUUGCAGUGUGAUCAGCUUUAUUGAAAUCUUUCUGCAUGAUGUGCCUCCGGCAAAGCAAUCCUAUGACAUCCUGCUGCUGAUCCUGAUGGUGCUGCUGCUGGUGCAGGCAGUUCUAACUUCAGCCACCGUGGUGCACUGUGCCUCCUACAAAAGUCAGCUCCGCAUGGGGGCUCUAGAGUGUGAAGACAGCAUGCACCCCCUGACCCAUUACUAUGAGCAGCAAGCAUCCAAUGGAACGCAGGAUUUCGACAAAGACAGAGCCUGGAAGGCCGUCGUGGUCCAAAUGGCUCAUUGAACGGUGCAACAGUACAUUGAGGAGUUUGAUGAGAAGUGCAAAAAAGCAGGAAUAAGAAACUCUGUAAGCUGUGAGCACAAGAGUACAAUCCAGGCACUGAACAUUAGAAGAAGGAAGAUAUAGUCAGAGGAAAGAACAAAAAUCUAAAUCAGAGAGAGGAAAAAAAAAGAAUGCAAAGUGAAGACUAGGAUUUAUUUGUUUUCUAUGAAGAUAUUUUCAUAGAUAAUGCUCUGGGCACUUUGCUUUGGUGUCUGUUUCUUGGGUUUUUGUAAUUGUUGCCUGCUUGUUGUAGAGAGGAGUGGCUUUGUUUGGCCUGGGAACUGAAACUUUCUCUGUUGUUUAAUAAGCACAAGUAUUUUUACAGUGACAUCAUGUAGGUAGCCUACAAUGGACAAGCAUGUUUUUAUGUUCAGUGAAUGUUCUGAGCACUUAAAGAGGUUUAAGCUUCAACUUUUAUGGCGUCAACGGAAUUCCUUCUGAAUGUAAUGGAUGCAGUUUUGCCAGGAAGUGUCAGUAUGUAUAAAAAUAGAAUUCAAUACAUCACAUUAAGUGCAUGUUAUUAUGUCAUUUCUUUCAUAUUUUUUCUAUUCAUACAAAGAAAAUGAUCAAGAAUGAACUUGAAGUCAGAAGAACUUUCUUUAUUUUACACAUGUUGUGGCUCAUCACUUGUCACUGGCUCACUUUAUUCAACCUGUCACAGUCUGGUGAAAGUUUUGAAACAACCACAUUUAUAGGACAGUUUUGCACAACUCAUGAAAUGUGUUGAAGUAGCAGACUUUAUUCUCUGCAGAUUUUCUUUCCAAAUAGUGAACAAUGACUUAUCGUAGCACUGGCGUUGACUGUAUUUUGCUCAGUAAGUAGGCCUCUUUGUGUCUUUCGGUGUACAACCAGGUGGCAGCGGCUGCAACAGUUUAUCACAAGAGGACUGAGCAUUAACUCCUGUAAAGAGUCUUAACUGAAAGUCUGUCUUGUUUAGAAAAAUAAAAUGUUUG